GGCGGCGCGCAGGCGCCUGCGCGCUUGGCGCGUCGCGGCGGCCGGCGGCGGCGUCGCGGCGGGAUGAUGAUGAUGGCGGCGGCGGCGGCGGGCGGCCGUUGGCCGGGCUGGCGCGACGGCGGCGGGGGGCGAUGGGUGCUGUGGCUGUGGCUGGCCGCGGCGCUGCUGCCGCGGCCGGCGCGGGGCCUCACGGAGGGCCUGUACUGCGGGCGGCGCGUGUGCUACGACGUGCUGGGCGUCAGCCGCGAGGCGAGCAAGGCCGAGAUCGCCCGCGCCUACCGGCAGCUGGCCCGCAAGUACCACCCCGACCGCUACCGCGGCGAGGCGGCGGCGCCGGGCGGCGACCCCCCGGAGGCGGCGCACGAGAAGUUCCUCCUCAUCGCCACCGCCUACGAGACCCUCAAGGAUGAAGAAACCCGUAAAGAUUAUGACUACAUGUUGGAUCAUCCUGAGGAGUAUUACAGGCAUUAUUAUCACUACUACAGCAGAAGAUUGGCACCAAAAGUGGACGUCAGAAUAGUCAUUCUAGUUACAGUGUGUGCCAUCUCUGUGUUUCAGUUCUUCAGCUGGUGGAGUAGUUAUAAUGAAGCUAUCAACUACCUAGCGACAGUGCCAAAAUAUCGCAUACAAGCUACUGAGAUUGCCAGGCAACAAGGUUUACUCAACAGGAGUAAAGAAAAAGGCAAAAACAGGCGAUCUAAAGAAGAAAUCCGUGAAGAAGAGGAAGAAAUCAUCAAAGACAUUAUCAAAAAUAAAAUAGAUAUAAAAGGAGGUUAUCAGAAGCCCAAGAUAUAUGAUAUCCUCCUAUUUCAGAUUCUUCUUGCUCCUUUUUACUUGUGCAAAUACAUAGUUUGGUACUGUUGGUGGAUUUACUGCUUCACCAUUAAAGGGCAGGAAUAUGGUGUGGAAGAAAAGCUGUAUAUCAUACGGAGAUACAUGAAAAUGUCACAGUCUCAGUUUGACAGCCUAGAAGAUCAUCAGAAAGAGACCUUUCUUGAACGGCAGCUGUGGAUACGAGAAAACUAUGAGGUCUAUAAACAAGAACAAGAGGAGGAAUUAAAGAAGAAGAUGGCGAUGGAUCCUCGAUGGAAGAGAUACCGGAGGUGGAUGAGAAAUGAAGGACCUGGAAGACUAACUUUUAUUGAUGACUGAAAGCUGAUGAGAAUGUAUGCUAAUGUUGAAACUGACUUGCAAAACUUUUUCACUACAGUGUUCAGAGUUUUAUCUGCUGUGGCUCAGCAGUGAUCUAAAACUCAGGAAUUAUUAAAUCAGGCCGAAAAAUAGCACAGGUUUACCAUUUUUAUAAGUCAGAUCUGUUAAACAGGCCUAGCUCAAUGUAUAUAUUCCACUUACUUGGGGAUUUCAGUGUGGAUCUAUGAUGUGGAAUUUGUUGUUUUCAGAUAAUGUAUUUUCCUCUACAUAUUUCAUAUUCAUGAUCAAUGGAACCAUAACUUUCAUCUUUCCCAAAUUGUUUCUAGAUCAACUCUUGAAAGUCCUUGUUUUCCUUUUCGAGAAUCAAGUGUUUCUGCAAAUGGAUGCUGGGAAUUUGGAAAUGCUCGAAAGGACUCUGAAGCAAGGACAUUUUCUGCCUUCCUCUUCUCUCUUUUCCCUACUUUUAAACUUAAUUUCUGAAAUGCCAAAUUGUAUUUUUGAUGUAGACUACAAUAUGGGGAUUAUACCUACAAUAUGGGGAUUAUAAACUUUUUCUUCAGCUAUUCCUGGUCCAGUUGGAAAUUUGAAUUUUAUUCUUUGUGGGAAUAAAUGAUGCAUGACAGAUCAUCGUUGUGAUGCAAACAAGCCUUAAUUCUUUGUUCUACAGAGUGAUACAUGAAGUAGUAUGCUUAAAUCUUUGGUUUUUAAUCUUGUAUGUUGGAUUGUACGUACUUGUUCAGAACAAGUGUACCAGUGAACAUUAGUCUACUAAAUGUGACAUUUUUUCACCAAAGUAUUGGUAAAGGGAAAACGACCCUUUUGUUCAAAAGGGCAAUUUUGAUGCCUUAUGUAAAUAAAAGUUUAUUACAGUAUA